ACUGGGUAAUGCUUGAGCCUUAGUAUCGCUAUGUUUUCAUCUUAAUAAAUCACUAAUUCUGGAAUAAAAGAGAUUGGAUGAGAUCUCUCUCUCUCUCUCUCUCUCUCUCUUUACCCCGGCCAUUAUGAUCCCCUGCUCCCUGUUUUGAUCGACCGAUUGUGCUUUCCACUGAAAAAAGAAGCCACUUGUCUGAUCAUAUCUCUGGGAAAUAAUGAUGUCUCUGUAGCUUUUCUCAUAUCACUUACACGGUCCUUUGAAGCCUCCAAUUACGAUAGCGCCACAAUAAUUACAGUCUCCGGCUCUUUCUGCUGCUCGUUGUCGAAGAGAAGAUGCUUCGAGCAUGCAGGCUUUGAUAGGAAAGCGGGCCGCUUCCUGCUUUUCAUCAAGCCUCCUUCUGAGUCUCACGUCUCUGUUAGCGACAGACGUCUAAACCAGCCGACUCCGGACUGGCGUCUGUUCCUCCCUCCUUCAGCACACCUGAUUGACCUGAUGAGCUAACGAGUAACCUCGUUAUGGAGUUAAUGAGGCAUGGUGGAGCAGAAGGAAACCUUUUUCUGUGCAGGUGCUGUGUCCUUUUUGAGAUUCCAAUUAAGAGGAAAUAAGAGGAUAUGAUGUGGUGUGUGACACCAGAAAUUACAGCUGAUUACAGAAAGAGUCCUGAAGCCGGAGCCGGAGUUAUUAACGUCCUCCUGGAAACCACAGCUCUCUUCACAGAGGUCCCUCAUGACAUGACGGCACACAGCGGGCAGGAUGUGGAGAUGGCCUGCUCGUUCCGGGGAUCAGGCUUAGCUUCUUAUUCUCUGGAGAUCCAGUGGUGGUACAUCAGGAACCACAAAGAGUGGACCGACCAAGAGACAUGGACCACCAACCAGGUGGCGCCUCAAGAGGAGAUUCCAAAGGACGCUACGAAAAUCAGCGUGGUAAAAGUGGCCGGCAGCAACAUCUCCCACAAGCUGCGUCUGUCCAGCGUGAAGCCGUCGGACGAGGGCACGUACGAAUGCCGCGUCAUCGACUUCAGCGACACUCGGCCCCGGCACCACCGCGUACGCGCCUACCUGCAGGUGGAGCAGGAAGAAAACCAUGCCUCUGCCCUGCCUCACCACCAGGGGGCAUCUGAGUCUCAAAAACAUCAACCUAUUGCCCAGCAGGGGCACCACAAAGCAGGCAGGGAGCUCAGGAAGAGGGCUGCUGAUGACAACAACACUGACUGCACAGAGAGCUGUGCACUUUAGGGCCCAUAUACACACACACACACACACACACACACACACACACACUACAGUCCUAAUCUGUUCUCCUAUAGCUUUUCCCCCUUGAAACACAGUGUAUAUUAUUGUAUAAAUGUUCUCAGACGAGCCGGUGCAUGUCGCGAAAUGUUUCUUACGACGUUCUCGCUUUUUUUUUUCUGAAGGACAGAGACAGAAAGAUUCGAACUUUCAUUAUUUCAUUCUACUUCACCGUUUACGUUUUUUUUUUAUCAUUUUGCGUUAAUACGAUCGCUCACGGGGGCUGGGAAUAAAAAGCGUGGAGUUGAUGAGGAACCUCUCCAAACAUCUGUUCCUCAAAAAUCUUGGGAUGCUUAGCAGGGGAAUCAUACGUGGGAUCAUCCAGGAUUGUGUUUGCAGGAAUUUCAAGCUUGAUGUUUUUUUUUCUACUGGCAGAUCAUUUGGUUCUUUGUAGACAUAAAAAGCGAAAAAAAAAGCAAUAGAGCAGCGGAUCUUCAAAUCGUAUCUAGAAAAAAUAUUAUUUAUUAUUAUCGUUAUUAUAAUAGAAAAUACCAGAAAAGUUUGACUAUAUUGAAGGAAUUGUGAUACCAGAGAUUAUGAACAGCUCCAAAAUCAUCUCUGUAUUUAAACUAAAGCUCACAGUAAAAUCUCAGCAUGGUGUGUGAAUUCUGGCUCUGACAGUUUCUCGGCCUCUUCUACAUCAUUCCAGUUCCAAUUCCUCUUUACGCAGGAAUUACGCAUUUUCCUGCCCGCCGUACUUUCUAGCAAAAUGUCCUCAGAUCCCAAAACGAUUCCGUACUCGCUUAACUCGCUGUGAUCCUGACCAGGCUGCCAUGUGUACACAUUCACAUUCAAUGAGAAAUGUUCCUAUUCAUAAUCACAUUCUUCUUCAUGUUCCUUUACCAGCGUGGACCUAAUAAAAUGGCAGUGAGUGUUCUACUUGGGUGUUUUUUUCUAUUAUACCUGGCAACCCAUAUACCCUUUAACCCUUAUAAUUACACUAAUUCUGUAUGUAAAUUCCCUUAUUAAAGCACUCCAGUUUUUUA